AAUCUGUGCCUGCUCGAGCCGGAGCAGGACGCGCACACUCUCCGCUUCUCUGCGACUGCAAACAGCAACAAAACAACCACACUGCGGUUGUUCAAAGUUUUUUUCCCUCUGAUUUGAAUCGAUCUCAUCGGGACGUGAAAGACGAUCGCUGAACUCUUGAAGAGGUCGCGCUGAGUUAAUCCGAUUCCCCCGAGGGAUCUGAAAUAUCUGCUGGCACCGCGAUGAGUGCAGCGGAAAACUCAGAGGCGGACUCCAACAAGCUAGCGAGUGUGAUCCAGAGGCUGGAGGAGAGUGUUCUGUCCGAGGAGAAGCGGCUGACAGUCCGGGGCCCUUCACCUGAUGACCCCCCUACAUGUCUGCCAGCACGAGUACGACAGAUUGUCACAAAGAACCUCAGUGAUAGUUCGGGGGCCAUGUCCUCGGUCAUGUCCCUCCAGGAGGAGAACCGAGUGCUGCAGGGAGAGUUGGCAAGGCUGGAGGAUCUGCUGGCACACAGCAGGGCCGACCGAGAUGAGCUCGCUAUCAAGUACGGUGCAAUUAGUGAGAGGCUGGAGCAGGCGCUACGUUUCGACACGGGAGAUGGCGACCACAAUUCCCCUGAGUCACGCAGCCUGGCUCAGCAGAACGUGGAUUUACGCAGACGACUGGACGAGGAACAAGCUGCCUACAAGCGUAAACUCACCGCGUACCAGGAGGGUCAGCAGAGGCAGGCGCAGCUGGUGCAGAAGCUCCAGGCCAAGGUACUACAGUACAAAAAGAGAUGUGGGGAUCUGGAGCAGAUGCUGCAGGACAAGUCCUCAGAACUGGACAAACACAGGCUGAGUAGUCCCAGCGACACGUCAAACGGUCGCCAUCACGACGAAUCAAGCAGCAACCUGGAAGAUGCUCUAAUCUGUCUGGAAGAGGAACAACAGAGGAGCAGCAGUUUGUCUGCAGUGAAUGCGAUGCUGAGGGAGCAGUUGGAGCAGGCAGGUUUGGCCAAUGAGGCUCUCAGCCAGGACAUCCGACGGCUCACUGCUGAUUGGACGAAAGCCAGGGAGGAGCUGGAACAAAAGGAGUGUGACUGGAGGAGAGAAGAAGAGUCUUUCCACAGUUAUUUCAGCAGUGAGCACAGUCGUCUGCUGAUGCUGUGGCGACAAGUGGUUGGGUUCAGGAGGCACGUCUGUGAAAUGAAGAGUGCAACUGAGAGGGACUUGUCAGAAAUGCGAAACGAGUUGGCCCGGGUCUCCCACUCUGCUCAGGUGUCCUGUGCAGGUGUGUCGGCCUCGCUGCACAGCCGAGAGGGAGGAGCAGCUCUGGCUCUGGAGGGAGAGAAGGCUCUCAGGGUUCAGCUGGAGCAGCAGCUGAGAGAGCGACUGACGGAGAUGAUGAAUCUUCAGACUAGGACAGACACAGAGAGGAGCGAGCUCAAUACCAGGUUGUCAGAUUGUUUACGAGAGGCGGAGAAACUAAAGGGCCAAAUGGAGGAGCGAGAAAGAGAAGUUGUCGAGUUGACGAGGAGGCUCGAGGAGAAGAGUGGUCAUGAUGAGAGUGACAUGCAGAUGAUGAGAGCUCACACUGAAAUGUUGUUGGACACACUGCAAGACAUUGCGCAGACGACUUUGUCAGAUGGAGAGUCGUCAUCGGAAGCGGACCAGGACAACGCUACGGCUCCUCUGCUGGCCUUGAUGCGUGGCUCGUCCCCUCAUCGCUCCUCCUCUCCUCGGAGGUCGUCCUCCCCCUCUCGUCUCUCCUCACUGGCUGCUCCCACAGAGGCAGCGCUGUCUGCUCUACGCUCUUCAGUCACAAACAAGAUGCUCCAGCUGCAGGAUGUUCGAGGGCGUCUCCUCUCAGCCCAGUCUUCUAUACAACAGUUAAGAAAGCAGCUUUCAGAGGCAGAUUGGACUAAAAGAGACGCAGAACAGCGAAACCAAACUCUGCAGAGAGAGAAGGACGCUGCUCAGAGAGAGCUGGAGACCACACAGAAGGAAAAGGAGCGUCUGAAGCAGGAGAGAGAUACACUGGCCAGUGAUAAGGUGAACUUGGAGAAGACUGUACAGGCGGCACAGAGCAGCAAACAGAUGCUGCAGAUGGACUGCGAGAAGCUGCAGCUGACGGUGGCGUCCACGCAGCGAGAGCGUGAUCACGAGAGGGAGGAGAAGGAGGCCGCCAUUCAGGAGAGAGACCGUGCGAAGGCAGAGACUCAGAGGAUACAAAAGCAGUGGGACCAAAGCGAGAUUCGAGCGUCCACUCAGCGUGCAGAGUUGUCUACAGUGAAGGAAACUCACCAGCAGGGGGAGGUUGAGAGGCAGCUGCUGGAGAGAGAGAAAGCCCAAGUGUCUGAGGCGCUUGCCAAAACUGAGAGCAGUAAUGCAGAGCUCUCUCUGCUCCUGAACAAGCUGCAGUCUGAGGCCGCAGCUCUCAGAGACUCUCUGGCCAAAAUGGGCAACAUGAAUGAGAGCCUGGUCCAGGAUAAAACUGAACUGAACACUUGCAUAUCCCAGCUGGAGGAGGAGAGGACCCUCCUGCAGGCUCAGAAACGCCAGGCGGAGCAGGAGAAGUUGACCAUCAGGGACGAGCUAGUGCGAUUGGAGCAAGACCGGCUGGAGUUGGACUCUGCGCGCAUCACUCUGCACCAGUCGCUGCAGGAUGCUGAGCUGAGCCGAGUGGGGAUGGAGGCAGAGCUCCAGAGUCUCAGGGCUGAGAGACUUAAGCUGCAGGAGAAAGUCACCCAGCUCUGUGGCGAGGUGACCUCUCUGGGGUCAGAGUUGAGUCUUACCAGAGGAGAGGGCCAGAGGAACGAGGUGGCGUUGGAGGAGGUUGGCCGCGGUCGGGCAGAACUGGCUCGAGACAAAGCGGCUCUCGUUGUUCAGCUGACGGCGUCUGAGAGAGAAAACACUGUGCUGUCGGAGGAGCUGGCUGCUUUCAGGUCGGAACGUGAGUCCCUGGAGACGAGUCUGUUCGAGGUGCAGCAGCAGCUCGUUCAGGUGGAGUCUCGCAGAGAGCAGCUGGAGACGGAGAACCAAACCCUGCGAGUUCGCUGUGAAACUGCUGCUGCUGAACUGUGGCAACUUCGCUCCGACGGGGAGAAUAUUUUGACACAGGCCGAGCGGGAGAAACAGGCUCUGACUCAGUCUCUAAGUGCGGCACAUCUGGAGGCCCAGCAGGCUUUACGCAAGGCCAUCUCUGAACACCAGGAGGAGGUGGAGAGGCUGGUCUCAGAAAAGGAAGUCUUGCGGCACAACCUGCUGAUGGAGCACGAAGUCGCGCUGAGGAAGCUCCGGCAGGAGACGGAGGAUCAUCUUCACAGAGUGCAGAGGGAACGAGAGGAGCUGCAGGAGGAACUGAGGAGUCUCCAGCAUGACAGAGACCAGAGUCUGCUGCAGGCCGAGACUGAGAAACAACAGGCUCUGUCUCUGAAGGAGGCAGAGAAAAGUGUUUUGUCUGACAGGGUGUGCAGUCUGCAGGUCGAGCUGUCAGCUGCAUCCUUGGAGGCUGAAAGGAUGUCCAGGGAGGCGGCGCAUUACAAAGAGCAGGAGCAGGUCAGAGUCGGCGCUCUGACCACUGAGCUGCUGCAGCUUCGCUCUCAGCUGGAGGACGCAGGCUGUGAUCAUGAACGUCAACUCCAGAGUCUACGAGAGACUUGUAUGGACCUUCAGUCACGUGCUGAUGUUGCUCUCAAAGAGUUGGACCAGUGCAGAGCUUCCUUCUCAGCGACCGAGGAGAGUAGAGACCAGCUGAGGCGGGAAUUGCUGCACACUGAGCGCAAUCUCAACCAAACUCAGGACGCAACAGAAAGCCAAAGGAGAGAGAGCAUGGAGCUGCGACGCAACCUCGGUGAUGUCAGUAAGGAGCGGGACACUCUCAGCCAAUCAAACACCCAGCUGAGAGAAAGUCUGCGAAGUGCAGAAACAGAGAGAAUCAGCGUGAAACGACAAUGUGAGGAGAAGGAGCAGAGGCUCGCUGUGCUGGAGGAGAACUUCUCCUCUGCUCAGAAGGAGGUGGCAGAGCUACGCAGCUGCCUGAGAGAAGUUGAAAGGUCACGUCUCGAAGCUCGGAGAGAGCUCCAGGAGCUGCGCAGACAGCUGAAGGUCCUGGAUGUGGAGAAGGAGCAGAAAGGGAGGGAGGUGGCCGAGCUGCAGACUCGUCUGUCAGUGGAGGAGCAACGAGAUGAGGAGAGAGGGAAAGAUGUUUUCAUCCUCAAACAGAAGUUGAAUGAAGCUGAAGCUGCCAAAGAAUCUCUCAAAAAAGAGCUUUCCCUGAUUCAAAAGCGCCUGGUGGAGUCGGAGUCUGGCUGGCGAUGCUGUGAGAGAGAGCUGACGGUUCAGCUGCAGGAGGCACGUGGCUGUGAGAAGAAGCUCCAGGAUGAAGCUAAGAACCUGUCGCUACGCGCUCAGGCAGCCCAGGACUCUGCUGCUCAGGCCAGCCUGCAGCUGAGCGAGGCCCAGGGCCGCCUGGCCGCCACAGAGGCCGAGCUGACCAGGGCAGAGGCCGGGAGGAGGGACCUGGAGUUUCGUCUUCACAGCCUCCAGUCGGCACUGACGCGAACGCUGGGCAUCGGAGCAGCCGGCAGAGGGGGCCGGGGGAGGAGCCCGGUGGGGAGCUCCAUAUCACCCGGCAACAUAUCACGCCACCACAGCAUCUCACCCCUGCGCUCCUCACUCUCGCCUCCUAAAGAAUUUCACGUGAGCACCCCUGACAACACUUUAGGCUCAGCGGCUGCAUCUCCCGAGAGAGGGGAAACACCGUUGCCUCUUCUUCAGCCGGAGCUGGACCCUGAGACGCUGCGAAGUGGUUUGAGAGACUUCCUCCAGGAGCUGCGAGACACACAGAGGGAGCGGGAUGAUGCUCGAUGCCAGCAGGGGGCCCUGCAGCGGGAAAUGGAGGAGCUAACACGGGAAAGAGACUCUGCUCAGAGUCGUCAGACUCAGCUUCAGAACACUGUACAAGAAUACCAAGAAGGGAGGCGUGGCCUGGAUGAGCGUUUGACCACCACACAGAUAUUGCUCCAGCAGCAGGAGGAGACGGGAAUCAGCAGCCAUUUAAAGAAAGACAUAGACAUCGAGGAGGAAAUAGAUCUAAAAUGA